AUGAGCUGGAAGACGGUCGGCACGAGCGUGGUGCUCUACAACGCGCCCUCCUUCGCCAACUCGCCCGCCACCCUCGCGCCUGCCGUGCUGCGCGCGCCAGCACCCAACUCAUCAGCAUGUACUGUUGUCCCGAAGGGGUUCAACGGCACGGUGGGGUCGCUGCGCAUCAUGUGGAACGUGAAUGACGGCGCGAGUGACCACCUGGUGUGCGGCAAGGUGGUGUUCUGGGACAAGAAUGACUGCUCUGGCUCUUCGUUUGUGUACGAGAUUCCCGGCAAGUGGACUGCCGCCAAGGCCGACAACUUCAAAUACGCCACCACCAGCGUCAAGAAGGCAGCGGGCGUGGUGGCGGCGGGCAGGUCGUUCUCGUGCCUGGCGGCCGUGAAGCCGCCCGUCACGGACCUCUGUGCCACGGCGGCAUGCCCGCCCAACUCCAAGUGCGUCCUCACCAACAGCUCCUUCGCGCAGUGCGUGUGUGAUCCUGGACUGACCUUGCCUGAAUCUUCUCCUCUCCACCACUCCCCUGCGUCCAACAAUCCAAUCUCCUUGCCUUUCCCGCCAGGAGUCGUGCCUGACGUGGCAGACAUCGCCAUCAGCAUCUACAGCACCACCAGCUUCGGCACACAGAGUGGUCCGCCGUACGUCUUCCGCCUGAAGCCCAACAAGUGUGUCACCAUCCCUGCCGCCGUGGUUGCCAGCAGCAAGUCGGUGGGCAUUCUGUUCCGUGCGCCUGCCACGUAUGUGAGGUGCACCACCAUGACCAUCUACACCCAGCCCUUCUGCACUGGCAUCUCUCUCAGCUCCGCCGUGCCCAUCAACAAUGACCUUGUUGCAACGCCCAUUCCGUGA